AUGAAACGCAGCUUACUUCUGUUCCUCUUAUCCCUGAAAUUCUGUCAAACUCAAUAUGUCACUCCGCAAUACGCUGAAAUCAGAGGUACUGUAAGCAUUUUCAUCCAUUUUCUGUACACUUCUCAGUCCUGUUAUAUUAUUCUGAGCUUUCUCUUACCCAAAUGAACGUGUUCAGCUGUGUCCGCCAUGUGCAGCAGUGAUGGGAUUACUGCUUCGAUCGACUUCGACAAGCCGUUCACUGGCAAGAUCUACUCGCUCAACUAUGCGGCCGUAAAUGACUGUCUCUACUACAACAACAUCGACAGAGACACCGUUCUCUUCUCAAUUCCAGCUCACAUUUGUGGGACCAAGUUACAAAGAACGACAAGAAAUGUAAGUGUUGACCUCAAGAUUCUCGAACAAAGACGUCGUCGCACUACUACUGGCAACCGCCAAUUAUUUGGAGCGAUGAGUUUGCAUCGCGCACAAAUUAUUGGUGAAAGUAGGACAGUGACAUAAUAGGGAGUGUGGGUUUCACUUUUUGAUCGUUCCUUUCUUUUCUCCUUUUAUAAUUUCGACUUCAGAUGAUCGAUCAGAUGGAGAAUAGAGUCUAUGUGCAGAUGGACAAGGACACGCAGACGUCUGCCGAUAAACAAUUCUCAUUCGUGUGCAGGCUAACCGACCCGCUUAAAGGGUGAGCGAAUAAUGAGAAAGCAGAAGGAAAUAAGUGAAUUCAGGGUGGCGAAAGACAAUGGAGAGGCCACGAAGGAUUCGUACCAGCAGGAACCGAUCCGGCCGGUGGCAAGCAGUGUGAGCACCAAAAUGCACUCGAGCCUCAUGCCCAUCAAACCGGUAGAACGUGUUUUAUUGUAAUUUCAGAAUCACCCAGAUGCUCUUUUCAGUCAGAAGUGCGUCAAGUGUCCGCAUUCUCUCGUGACUCCCAUCUCGGCAACUGGCCUAUUCCUGGAGCAAAGCCCUACGAACCUUCGAUGAAGCCAGUUUCCACUUAUCCAAUGUCUCCAAUCUCUCCAGAAAUAUCCAGUGCCACUCAUUCCAAAGAUGUCACCGAAGGCUACGUGACCCGUCCGAUCUCCUCAGUUGGGCUGACUCCGCUUCCCGCGCCCCUCUUCCCCAACAUCCCACCGCCCCCUCCAAUUCAGAGAUCUCCUCCAGCUGUGGCUCGAGUCUUCACCACUUCCACUCCUACUCCGAUCUUCUUCACUUUUCCCACUUCCACAACUCCUCCGCUUCCUUUCCCGAUCAUUCCGAAUGUGCAUUUCAAACAAGGCGUCGGAGUUCCAUUUGCCCCGGUCACUGCGCCUUCCACCAAAGUGGAUGCCUCCAAAUGGAACGACCCGAAUGCCUAUGCGACUGCUCCAACUAUCACGAACAGUUUCGACUCAACCACUCCGAAGCCAGAAGAGAAAUCGUAUCGGGAACAACCGCCAACCGCCGAUGCUCCAUUCUCAUCCGAUCAUUUCAAUAACAACAAUAAUGAGAUUGUAGAGCCGACCAAGACUGCAGAAUCGGAAGUAAGAAGACCGCAGGCGGAUGAUCCGAAUCGACACACAGUCACUUCUGUGCUCAAAACGACCCAAGAGCAGCAGAUUGAGCCGGAAGUGACACUUGAAAUCCAAAGGGGAGAAGGUCAGUGACAUCCGGAAAAGGUAUUCAAUUGAAAUGUUCUAUAGGCCCAUUUGCACCGCCCGUCACAACUCCCAUCAAGAUUGGGGACAAUAUUUCGCUUGUUGUUAAAGCGAAGAGUUAUUUGAAUGGUGAGCAGUGAGCAUCAGUCACAUUCAAUACGAAUCUCAUUCAGACACUGAUCAGUUCGAUAUGUUCGUCCAUUCGUGCUUCGCAACGGACGGUAAGGGGACAACGAAAGUGCAAAUGAUAGACGAGAACGGGUGAGUGACUGCUUCGUUCCCAUCCGAAUCCUUUUUCAUUCUUUCUUUCAGCUGCGUCAUCCGUCGGGAGUUCGCAUCCCCUCUGCACAGGGCCAAAGACGCCGAGCAAAUUAUGUUCUACUAUGUCAUGAUCAAAGCGUUCAAGUUUCCGGGGCCAGACGACGUCUACUUCUCCUGCACAAUCGAGUUCACUCCCAUGACGAAAGCCCCGAAUAUCUGUUCGAAAUUGCGGAGGAGGAGGGAAGUUCUGGAACCAGGAACUUCCGAAAUGCGCUUGUUCGACAGUGUCAGCGUGGAGUUGGAGGACGGAGAAACGAGUGUGAAAACAGGUGAGAAGCCCAGGAAAGGAUUCGGAACUCAUCCUUUACAUCCAGACAAACUUUCCCCUUCGUCUGCUUGUGACACGGAAAAUAAUCUCUACGUGCUGGCUAUCGUCGUUCUCUUGGUUUCCGUGACGAUCUCACUCAUCUCCAAUCUCUAUCAGUUUAUUAAAGCACAUUCUAAACGAUGACAGCUUCUUCUUCUUAUUCUUCAAUUCUCUUUCUUUUUUCUGUACUGCGGGUUUCUAUGAACUCUUUUUUGUCAUUCCGCUCCUAUGAAAUUGUAUGCUUCUUCAAUAAAAUCAGCCGAUUUUGUGGAUCAGUUUCUUUCAAGCCUCCCCAAUCUACCAUUGAGAUUCUUUUGGGAUUCUUGGAAUUAUUCUAUUAAGUUCCUCUCGUCCAUUUUUUGCCCUUUCAAACCAGAAAAAACGUUGCCGAAAAAGAGAGAAAGUGGGAUACGAAUCACGUCAUAACGGAAUGUCCUUUUUCGAACAGACACACACUUUCUAUUUGCUUACCAAAUCACCAGAUUCAAAUGUGUUCGCGCCACGCUCGUGAUCAAGGGCGACAGUUUUUAAAUCACUUUUUUCUGAGUUUCUACUCUACCCGGAUAAUAAUUCAAUUUAUAGGUACUAAGAAUAUCUCUAUCAACGAAAAUAUAGGUCCCAGUGCUUUGUGUAGACAUUCUGAUUUUUUUUCUGUGUUUUUAUUCGAUAGAGACUGGAGAUACCUACCUAUAAGCUUCUUUGCCCAAGUCAAUAACAUUUUUUGAAACACUGGAUCACAAGUACGGUUUUGGCCACCCGGAAUCUUUGCAGUCCCCGCCCCCUGCAAGCCCUUUUCAAUAGGUCAGCCGAUGUUUGUGAACCGAUCAGUCGACAUCGUUAUCAGUCUCUUCCAGUGCUCGCCCCUUCCCGCAGUGCCAGGCCGUUGAUUGACCCUCUCGCAGUCUCUUUUCACCACUCUCUCCCGACGUGUGACGGUCACUUCCCUUGCCUCAGAUGGCACCUCUUCUCGCCUGAAAUCUCAAAUUUUUCUCCUCUUUCUCCCUCGUUUUCUCACUCACUCUCAAACAAAGAACAUUUCGGUAACAGCCGGCGGUCCUCUGCUUCGUCGAAGGUUCUGGUCGCACGCGCGCGAAAAACUAAUGGUUUUUUCGAUGUAUGCCAGACGGAGGCAAAGAAAGAAGUCGCAGAAAAAGAAGAUGACGGAGGAGAAAGAGGAGGAGGAAAACGGAGUUUGAUGGGCGCCAGAUUCGCGCGCGCGCCGGAGACUCAUCGGGAGGGUGUCCUUCGAAAGAACGGACGGAAGAGGGCGCCUUUGAUAUCUCCUCACUCAACUCGAUCUUUCUCUCCGAAAAAAACAACGUAUUCAGAAACAUUCAUCCACAUUCAAUCACUCCUUUCCCUCUCCCUCCCUCCCUCUCUCUCUCUCACUUCUUUCUAAUGGUUAGACAACUUUGUUUGAUCACAGACUAUUCCCUCAAAGACCUUCUCCAUAACCAUAGGACCUUUCCUCACUACGCAAUAACCUUCCAAUGUUAUCUCCAAUUGUGCACGUAUUGCUCGGGGAAGCAAUAAGAUAACAGUAGUCUUUCUUCUUGUGCCUUAUCGAUCAUUAAUUAGUGAUUGGUCCUUGUCAACCCACCCAACAGUCAUAAGUUUGUCCAGUUACCAGUGUCUCACCGGACGGGUCCGUAUCAGACUGUUCGGCGGCCCGCCUGUCUCGCACACAAACGAAUCGGCCAAGUUGCGUUGUUGCGCAAUUUACGGCUCUCCAGGGAUCGGAUUACAGCCGACUGUUUGCCCCGGGACGUCUUCCCCUGCGCUCUGUUGGUCGCCUUCUCUUAUCGAUCAUUCAAUAACAGCGUGAAGCAAUUCGAUGCAAACACGCCUUCAUUUAGCCAGCUUCUCAAGUUGAUUUACAUAGUGGCAUUCGUAUUCUGACAAACAGAAAGAGUCCCUCCACUGUUUAUCAUGCGCCUAAAGUUUAUCGGACUUUCCCCGUACGGUAGUUGCUCUCCCAUCUAGUCAUCGUCGACGACCUUUUCAUCCAUUAUUCAAGCCAACAAAAGAUUGCAUAAGGGUGCACUACGGGGACCCUUGAACGUGUUCAGAAAACGUCUGUCACUCUGUCCUUACACCCACCCCUGCAGGCUCAUAAUACCAUUCAUGGUCGGCUAAAGCAAGGUCAAGCAGCUGCGCGUGUCCCCUCCCGCUUGUGAGGUCUUCUCACCCCGGUGUGGUCGUUUCGGGUCUCCCUAGAUCCAUCAUCCCGCCCGUUGUGAUUCUCGCCUCCCAAAAGUAUAGCGGUCCCAUGCAAUUCGGCCAACUCUCGUCAUAACUUUCGACGCAAUCCACCCUAAAAGUGCAUGCCGCACAAAAGAACAACAAGUUAUGUUUAUCUAGUUCCAAGAGGCAUCAGAUAACUGUCAAUCUCUCCCUUUGAUCCCGCCGAUCCACUUCUCUCGUAACUGUUUGUACAAGAAUAAAAGCAAGAUCGUGUGACUGUCCCAGUCGAACGAAUCGGAAUAAUUAGGGGGGAUAAGCUAGCUUCUCACGCGAAUGGAGCCAUACAUUAUGUGACGUCACAAGCUGCCUAUUUAGUAAUCCGUCAGAUUUUAGGACUGACUUGACCAUUAGUGUGCUCAAGGGUUAGGGUAAAUGUUGGUCGACACAUUCAUCUUGUGUGCAGGCGGGGAGCCCACUAUUUGUUUAUGGGUCCGAAUUAGUGUGGGCCAUGUACACUGAACGAUAAGAAACGACUGGACAGGCGAACAGAACAUACUCAACACCUCCUAAUAAACCAAAUAUUCCUCCAACCCUCUUUCUCGUGUCUUUGUACUGCACUGAUUACGUUCUUUAUCAAAACUCGAGCUGUGCAGAGCCCAGUCUACAUAGUUUUCUAAUAAGUUUGAAGUUUCCCAUAGUGUGCCGUCAAAUACCUUUUGUGGAUAGUCAGUUGGUGUCAGACAAAGGGUAAACUGAUCCGUUACCCUUAAUUAGCGAAAAGUCAACCUGAAGGGCCAUGAAAACGUAUAAUUUGUUCAUGAAACUGUAAUUAGAUGAGGUGGUGACUGCUGGCUGACCGGUUGUCCAUCAACGAUGUGCGUGUGUCACGUAACACUGGUAAUUAGCUGCGACGUCGAAGGUCUCAGCGAGUGCGCAAUCGCCCCUAUUCUUCGUGUUCCGUCCGGUCACAGUCGGCUCUUUCCCGUUGCAUCCUCCGAUCCUCCUUUCCGUCGACGUCUGUUGCCCCACUGUCUCCGUCUCCUCCAUCUGCCACACUCUCUCCUCUUCUCAGGCCAUCCGUCCACCCGGUGUCGGGUUUUUUGGCCAGCGGUUGGCCCUCUCAAUGCCCCUUCUCCCUUUAUACCGAGUCGGAUGAAACGAGCGGUCUCAUUGAAAUAAGAAACCGAGUGGUAUGCACGGUCAACUCCUUCGGUCUGAACCCACUUUCCCCUUUCCGUUGUGUCAUCACUAGGAGUCCCACGAGUUACUGCCUCUCCUUGAUUGUUAUGCACAAGUGAAAACCGUUUUGAAUAAAAGUUUGCUCAUUCCAUUCCAUAUUCACUUUCCAUUCCGAUUCUACACUGUGAUACCUAGCCGAGUGUGCUAAGUGUAAGAAGGCGCUAAUCUUGCAUCACUAUCUCGCCAUCGCAUCUGGAGAGGCAGUAAAUCGAAGGUGUCGAUCUCGUCUCCGUCCUUUUACCCACUCGCUCCCUAGUCGGUCCUUCCUUUCUUCCAGUCUUUUACGUCUGCGCGUCUCUUUACGAGCUUCUGUCCGUCGGAGCAGGAUCUCGUCGAGCGGAAUAACGAGUAUCUUGCUGUCGGCGAAACGAGACAGGUGGUCGACGGACCGGCAGCAAAUUAGGCUACUGUCUUCAGAGGGAUCAGCUGCCACCUCCGUCUAAACAACCCGCCAUCUGCCUCGGAUUUCCGAAAUCUCCCAUGUUUAACUUAUUUCUAUUUCCCUACUUACAAUAUUUUUUUUCUUGUAGAGGGCGCCGCAAUAAUUGAAAAUUGAAAACAAAACAUUUUACGGUAGUCUAAUUACUUUCGGCAUUGCAAAAAAGACCUUCUCUGUCUUUUUCUCUUCACUUUUUCCGUGCUGAUUUUAAAGGAGCGCGCGCAAAAUUUUCGGUGUGGGUCCCGCCACGAACAGCUAUGGCCGUAAACUUGUUUCGCCGCAAAUCUCGUAAUCAUCCCUGUCUGUCGGUUGGCCCUUUUCAGUUUCGUAACGACAGCUGCAUUCCGCUUUCCUCUUUCCGUUCCGCAGCUUGAUCCAUCCGCGUAUGACGCAAUCAAACGGACACUACACUGUCAAUUAACUGUCCGGGAGCCCAUUGUCCGCCCGACGGACGAGCAGUCACUUGUUCCUCCGUUCUCGCUUCUUCUCGUUGAUUGAUUUACUCGCUCCCUUCUCAUUGUAAAUCUCACCUCCGAACAUUUAUUUCUUGCAGAAAACGGCAUCGAAUAGGACGACGAGUUGUGCAAAAGCACGUUUUUAGGGUUUCGCCGCUUGUCGGGCACGUUUAGGGAUGUUUUCUGCAGAUAGCGAGUAUUAUGAUGGUGAGUCUUAUUUCUUGCGAUAAGCUGUGAAACCCUGAUUGUUUUCAGACUUGUAUACACAGUAUAACAUGAACAUGAAGGCGACAACGUCAGCCAGCACGAAUCCACGUCUAUCACUGGACAGUGGUAUCGGGCUGACGAAUGACUCAUUCUACUCGACUGAUCUGAAUGAGUCUCAGGUAUGCUUGUGAUUUUGUUUCACACAGUCCAAAGUACAUUUUCAGUUGAUGGACUUAUCGGCGUCUACCGCUUCGGACACAACGUAUGUCUUCAAAUCGGGUCCUUUGGAAUUCUCUCCGCCUACAAAGUGGGCGAGAGUUCGAACGCCUCCGAAUCGGAAAAAGUCCACGGCUGCUGGAAAUCGAGAAGAGACGAACUCAGAUAUUAACCUGUUCACUCCUCCAUCACGAAAACGAGUCAGAUCAUUCAUGUCUCCUACGGGCUCAUUGAGAACGCCCGACUCCUUACGGAAAUCCAUUCGGAUCUCAAGUCCUUCACCUUUCAAAGUGACAAUCAGUAAAACGCCUCUCAAGUUGUCCAACAACGAAAAUGUCACCGGUAAGUUGGUCAAAAGUUUCUUCACGAUUUUACUAUUCGAGUUUCAGGUUUCCAUAUUGGAAAAACAGGGACUUACUACAACAAAACUGUGUCUGGAAGUGCCUCGAAACGGUGCUUGUUGCAUGCGCGACCCGAUGGAUUCACUGAUUUGAAAUCACCAAACUCUGACGUGAGUGGCUUCAGAUGAAUUCAAUGAUCGUCGUGUUCUUCUAGGUACUCGACCUUCCUCUGGAAGCGGAUUUCGACGAUUUCGGCCUUUUGUUUCCAAUCAUAACCCCGGAGAAAAGCAACAAGGUUUUCGAAUCAACCGAUGAUGCGAUGGAUUACCAUCAAUAUGCUGGCAUGAUUGAGAAUGGAACCUACAAUAGCUGUCCUGCUUCGGCUCCGGUCUUAUCAGUUCCUCUUGCAUCUUCAAGAGAAGAACCUGUUUCAAAAAGCACUCCGCUUGCUCGAACAGCAUCCCGCAAUCUUCUGAAGACCAACAAAGAGUCAUUUGCAAUCGUGACUCAUCAUCCUCUCCCAAAUGUCCAAAAAGAGGCGGAACACAUGAAUCUGUUGAGAGCAGAAGCCGCUAAAUCGAAAACUGAACUAGUACAGAAUAAAUUACCGUCACAAUUGAAGAAGCAGUCGGUAAAAGACGAGAUGGUUCGGGAAGCGAAGGAGAAAGAGAUGCAAAGAUGGAAGAAGACCCCGUUCGAAACACCAAAAAAAGAACUUCCAUUGGUAAGCAAACAGGAUUUCAGAAGAUCAAAAGUACGAGAGUCACGUAUUCUUUCGAAAAUGUAGUUUCAAGCUUUUAAUCUCCAGUCUCCAACAUUUUCAAAAUUAGAAAGUUGUGUGAUUUGUAGUCAGAAACUCGGCUCGAGUGUCGAUGCAAUUACUCUAUUUACCUGGCUCUCGGCUUCUGACACUGUUUUACCAUGUUGAUCAACACAAGUGAAAAGUGGGAAAUGAACCGAUUGUUUGCAGUACUCGGGUCGCUGGCUCGUCAUCUCCACCGGCCGCACUCUCGCCCAACAGGAGCUGCUCUCCGACGCCAGGAACUUUUUCCGUACUCACCGCCCGUCGCCGUCACUUUCUGCUCUUCCGAAGGCUCCUGUCGCACGACGCAUCCCAACAAUUGCCCGCGUUACCCUGUUCAAGCACCACUACCGGUCCUUUCGUGUCUGAGAUUUCAGAUAGACACCUAGUCUAACUACGAUGUGGUUGUUCAUAGUACGCUUAUUGCCUUUCUAUAUAUUUGCACCUCCUCGCCAGUAUUAUCACACUGCUAUUAUGGCCCCGACGUGGCCAGACGUACUCGGGUCCCUUGCGAGAUCCUCUCGAAUAUUGUCCAUCUUCCCCCCGUGAUUUGAUGAUUAUCCAUCCUGUUCAUCCAUUCCGACCACUGUAUCUAUUCUGAUAUUUUUUUGCACCUUGAUAAUAAAAUCUGACAUUCCUUCCCGUUCCUCAAACCCGCUGUGUUGCUUUUUCUGCCAAGUAUCUUGUCCUCCCUACGCUCUUUGUCCCCUGAAAAAAAUCCGUCGCUGUGUUUCUCACCGACUUCAAUAAGCGCUUUGGCAUACAAGUCUGAUACCGUUCUUCAAAAAGUUUCGGCAAAUAGCAACUUUUGGUCUCCGAGCACCGCCAUUCCUCCCGCCCAUUUUGUGCUCGGUCGAGCAGACGUGCAGGUGCUCCGCGGCGCCAUCCAACCACCAAAUCUGAUGCCUUCCGCAUUUCUAGUGCCCCGUGCGAUGGCUUUCGUCGGACUCGUUUGGGUGAGUUGCACGUGACCGAAUACGGUCGUAAAAUUCGGAAAACCGUCUCUUCUGGCGUCGCACUCUCUCGUCGAUUGGGUGGGAAACAGGGCCGUUCGAAUGACAAAACGGCUCGACCUCUCCAACUUGCCAGCCGACAAACGCACAAAGUCAACGCGCUCCGAUUGAAACUUCGACCGUACGCUCUGCUGUCGUUCAGUUAAUCCCAUUAAAACGGUUUCCUUCAAAAAACCUCCGUUUGCUAAUUAAUUAAUUCCCAUCAAUUUCGUCGGCUACGGUGGAUGCUGUGCCGACCAAUAAACCACUCGAAUUGUGUCCCGAAGGUCGCCUUUUCUGCGUCAAGUCUCUGAAAUCUGUCGUUUUCGUGCUUCCUCUCCCUCCUUUUUCUCCAUUUUUUCUUCUGCUCUCCGACGCCUUCUCUCUCUCUCUCUGCCAUUUUUGUUUUGUCGCCCUAGAAAUGCGCAUAAACACGCGCACGUCCGUCUAUCUUCUCGGAUUCUCCGUUCUCUCGUCAGGUGCGUGUAAUUUGAGAGAUUUCGUCGUUUCCGCUGAAGCCGAUUGGUGGCUCCAGCACAAAGAUUUCAGUUUUUUACUUGAAAAACCAAGACCGCUUUGGAUUUCGCACAAACUAGAUACAAAUAUCUAUUGGCAGUUUGGCACUUCAUAACUCAUACCGUAACCGUGAUUUUUUAUAGUCUCGCUGUAUUCUUCAUAUCAGCAGCUAAAAACGUAACUGCACUCGGAAUAAUAUAAUGCUGUUCACAGAAGUAGUGGCUUUGCUAUUUACGUAAGACUCCAAAACGUUGUACCCGUUUUGAUUCAUUCUCAUCUGGCCUAACCAGUUAUUUUAUGGUCCCGUUAGCUUUUGCUUUAGUUCAAACAUCAAUGUGCAGUCCAACUCUUUCUAUUCAGUUUAAAACGAACGAACGAACGGUUUUGCACUUUUCCACCAGCUGAACAACUUUCAAACGUGUUUGCGCAUUCGAAGCAGUCUUCUCUUCUCUCUCCUGACCUCCAUUUCUCUUUUGCAUCUCAUCAUGAACGAACAUCCAUUGUGCUCAAAAGUGCACCGAACGAUUAUUGGUGCUGCUGAAGAAGACAUUCAUUGGACGAGCGGCUCCUCUCAUAAAUUACAAACGUUGUGGUGAUAAGCGACCUCGGCGCCCCGACCGCCAUCAAUCAGCAUUCGCAACGCAAGUGUUAUUCUUGCGAGUCCAUUAGUGUCCUCGUGGCUCUCUGAUAACGCUCUGAUUGAUAGCGAAGCAACCGAUUAGCGAUGAGGCACGAAGCACGUACGGAAGGUGCUUCCAGUCGUUUCUAGACUUUAAAAGCGAUAUUUCCAAAUGUCCUCAACCUUUCUUUCAGUUCUAAUUUUCACUUUAUCGCAUAGGAAUGAGUCACGAAGCGUAUUACUCACAACACUUGUUUUUGGCAAAUCUAAUUUUCUCGCAGAUCCAUUGAGAAUUCAAUAUUCAAAGCAUUUCCCACGAAUUUUUACUGCCUUUGCAAACAAAUUUCUAGAGAUCAUUCCAAUCACAAAAAAUUAAUCCGCGUGAUAGCGAAGCUUGUGGGUGUGGGAGACCCGUCUCCUUCCGUGUCCGGCAGAUACUUUGAUCUUUUCUGUGCAGACAGGAAUGAAUUCACAUGUUCUGUUCGGUGUGCCAUUUGCAAUAUGAUCAUUCAGUCCGAUCAUCCAACCACGAAAUCAGUUCUUCCCGAACGCAAUCUUAAUAGGAUUAGGCCUCGCUUCAAAAGUUGUCCAUUUGUGCCUUGUUGCAACUUAUCGGAGAAGAGUUGCAGAGCGCGACGCACUCUGCGUGCCGCUUUGCCUGGAAUUAGGGAACAUUGUCUGCCAUCGUGUCGAAUGGAAUUUCCUCGUUUCCCUCUCAGCAAACACCUGCCCUUUGACGAGUUGUUCUCACGCAAACAAUUACUUUCCUUCCUUCCAGAUGGUGCACUCCGACAACUCGACCGAUUCGGCGGCCAUGAACAACAACACCAUCCUCACCAACCAGACACAAUCCCUUUCUCAACAGUUGAGCCAGUUGACCGGAAACACACUUCCGCAGGUCGAAGACGUUAUGGACGCGUGGCUUGGAGUGAGCACGCUGCUCUGUUCCUUCUCAAACACCAUUCAAUCUUUUCAGAAGCGUCAGUGGGACCUCACCAGUUCCGUCAAGUUCGAUCAGGAAGUGCUCACGCCCCUUCGCAAUCUCCGUGUCGCCCUUCUUGUCGUCGACUUCCAAAACGAUUUCGUCGACGGAUCGCUCAAAAUCGGAGAUGGAGAUGCCGGGCAAGACCCAAACAAAGCGAUCAGUCCUCUCAAUGAUCUACUCCAGAAGGACGGAUGGGAUCUGGUUGUGUACACGAAGGACUGGCAUCCGCACAAUCAUAUCUCCUUCCUCAGCCAGGCACACAAUUCGGACCGAGAAAUGGACAAAGCGGAUCAGAAUCGGACGCUGAACUACUUCGAUUCUGUUCAAUUCUUGAAGCCGAUCAAGACCGAGCAGAUCCUUUAUCCGGACCAUUGCAUCCAGGGCAGCUGGGGUUCGGAUAUCCAUCCGGAAGUGAGAAUCGUUGAGAAGUCACAAUAUAUCAUGAAGGGAGUCGACCCAUAUCUCGAUUCGUACAGCGCUUUCUUCGAUAAUAACGGACGCUCAAAGUAGGAAAUGAAGCAUCUUUCAGUGAUUGCAAGUUUUGUUCUAGAACCGAAUUGGAAGAUGUACUUCACCGGGAGAACAUUGAUGCCGUCGUUAUUGCUGGUCUCGCGUACGACAUCUGUGUUCGAUUCACUUGCCUCGACGCUGUCAAGCAGAAAUUCUUAGCCGCCGUAGUUCCGGAAUGCAGUGCCGGACUAACGAAGAAGGGUAUCGCCGAGUCAGAAGAGGCAUUCAAAAAGAACGGCGUGGCGAUCAUUUCGAAGGACGACGCACAGAGCAUUUCGGAAGGGGGAUAUCUGCCGCAGGAAUGGGUCCGAAAUGUGGCUCUCGGAAAGCGUUUUGUCUAA